AUGGAAGGACAUCAGAUUAUAUGGUUACGUUGUACAACUGAAACCAAUUUGAAUAAUGAACAAGAAGAAUUACGUUCAAUAUUUUAUAAUGUCAAAAUGUAUUACGAUUCAGAUGAAUGUAUUGAUUAUAUAACAACAGUCAAAAACAAUAAAAGUAUUUUUCUAAUUUUAUCAGAUUCACACGGCGUUGCUGUGCUAUCAUUUGUUUAUCAAUUACCACAAUUUCAUUCAGUUUAUAUAUUUAGUUAUAAAAAUAUAUAUUGUGAAUAUAAUGAAUUUAUCAAAAAUUGUUUAUUGAUUCGUGGCGUUUAUGGUACAAUUGAUAAAUUAAUUCGACAUAUACAGCGUGCCCAACAACCUUUGAAUAAUGAACAAUUUAGUAUAUUAUCAAAUAAAAAUACUAUUCAUAAUUUAGAUAAUGAAUCAGCUGAUUUUAUGUGGUUUCAAUUAUUUAUUAAAGCAUUGAUAGAUAAUAAUAAAUACUAUAGUGAUAUAGCUAAAAGAGACAUGAUAAAUGAAUGCCGUUUAAAAUAUCAUGAUAAUACAGUUUAUUUGAAAACAAUUGAUGAAUUUGAACGAACAUAUACAGAUGAACAAUCGAUACGAUGGUGGUCACGCGAUACAUUUGUUUAUACUUUAAUUAAUGAAGCGUUAAGAUCAGGUAGAAUGGAAAAUAUAAUUAAAUAUCGUUAUUUUAUUUCGAAUUUACAUAAACAAUUAGAAGAAUAUCAUUCUAAACAAUAUCAGAUAUAUAUUACUGAUGAUGAUGAUGGUGAACAUGCUUAUCUAUUUAAAGUUUAUCGUGGUCAAGGCAUGUAUAUGUCUGAUUUAAAAUUGAUUGAAGAAAAUAUUGGUUCAUUAAUAUCAAUGCAUUGGUUUGUAGCCACAAGUUUAGAUCGUGAAUUAGCUAAAAUAUUUGCCGAAAGUGUUUGUGGUAAUACAGAUAAAGUACCAGUACUAUUUGAAAUAAUAUUAGAUAAACGUAUAAAAUCUAAAUCGUUUGCUGAUAUAACCAAAUUAAGUACAAUGAAUGAAAGUGAAAUAUUGAUAUCAAUGGGUGCUGUAUUUUCCAUUAAUAAUGUUCUAUUCGAUAAUGAUAAUGAACGUAUAUGGAUAAUAGAAUUGAGAUUAUGUGAAGAAAAUGAUGAACAAUUAAAACAGUUAGUCACACAUAUGAAACAUGAAUUAGAUCAAUGUAAUCUUGGAUAUACUUUAGAUAUAAUUUAUCAUGGACGUGCUAAAAAAAAGACGCUUUUUGAGUCUCCCUGUUCUACUUGGGAGCUUGUCCAAGCGUGA